UACAUUUAAUAAUACUCGUACUAUAAACGACUUAUCGCAGGCGAUUCCCGGCAUGUGCCGCAUUUCCUCGAGGGAAGCCAUCGGCGUCGCUGCAGCCUGCCUGUUGAUCAAUGCCUUCAACGUGGCUUACGUGCUGAAGCCUGAGAUAGAGCGACAUCUCAGGAAGCAGUCCUGGUUCGUCUAUGUUCCGGACGUACACGACGUGAGCAAGCUUGUGGGCGUCGAAACGUCGAACUACAUCGCGCUAGGCCUGGCCGGAAUAAGUAUCAUUUUUGACGCCUUCAUCCUGGUCGGAACCGUCCAAUACAUCCCCGAACUGCUGGAUUCCGGAUGCAUAUGGCACUAUGUCGACCUCGGUGCCGAUAUCAUCGUCGGCAUGGCGUCGGCCAAUUACACGAGGCCCCAGGUCGUGGUGCACAAAACCAAGGUCGCCAAAGCGCCCACUCACAGAUCGGGCUGCGCGGGCGUGGGCCUGUGCACCGAGACUCCCUCCGCUCUCAAUGCAACGGACAUUGUGGAGGAUGAUGGGAGAAUGCCGCACGGCGCUAACGACAGCAACCACCGGACAGCGUCGACAGAGCGCGAAGACGACCAGGCACUGCUUGUAAAAGAGCGCUCCGUUCAUCCACGCGCAGCCGUGCAUCUGUUUCGAGCUGGAGCAACAGAACAUAUGUCUCAAACAAAAGAAGAGAAAACUAGCCUAACCGUUCUCACGGAACCUGCCACGGUGCGGCAGUUCCUUCACUUCUCUUACGUCAUAAUGCGUGCUGCUGUUAAGUUUCAGAAGCUGGGAAUGCUGGGCAGCUUGAGUGUUGUGCAGUGCAAGGAGUCGCACUGA